UCCAUGAUCUGCAGGCAGGCAGUGAGCGUGGCGAAACUGAUGGGGAGAGGUGGGCGCCAGGUUGCCUUGAGUGCUGCCGCCACCACUGCCAGGGUGCUUGGUGGAAGUCCAGGAUUGCUGAACAGCCGCAGGCUCCCAGUGCAGCAGCAAAGGAACUUGUCUCUGCAUGAAUACCUGAGCAUGAGGCUACUGAAGGAAGCUGGUGUUUCUGUCCCCUAUGGAUUGGUUGCAAGGACACCGGAAGAAGCUUACAAAGUGGCAAAAGACAUCGGUACAACUGACCUUGUUGUAAAGGCACAGGUGUUAACUGGUGGCCGGGAAAAAGGCACCUUUGAAGGGGGCCUUAAAGGAGGAGUGAGAAUUGUCUAUUCUCCAGAAGAAGCGAGGGACAUUGCCUCCAGAAUGAUUGGCAAAAAGCUCUUCACCAAGCAGACCGGGGCAGUGGGCCGGAUAUGCAACCAAGUGCUUAUCUGUGAGCGCAGGUAUCUUAGGAGAGAAUACUAUUUUGCAAUAACAAUGGAAAGAUCAUUUCAGGGCCCUGUGCUGAUUGGCAGCUCUCAGGGAGGUGUCAAUAUUGAAGACGUUGUUGCAGAGAAUCCUCAAGCAAUCAUCAAAGAACCGGUUGAUAUCAUGGAAGGCCUCAGAAAGGAUCAGGCCCUUACGCUUGCCCAAAAAAUGGGGUUUCCUUCUAACUUGGUGUAUGAAGCCGCUGAUAAUAUGGUUAAACUCUACAACUUCUUUAUUAAAUACGAUGCCCAAAUGGUAGAAAUCAAUCCCAUGGUUGAAGAUUCAACUGGGAAAGUGAUGUGCAUGGAUGCAAAGAUAAUUUUUGAUAGCAAUUCAGCUUUUCGUCAGAAGAAAAUCUUUGAACUGCAGGACUGGACCCAGGUGACCGAGGGAGACAGAGACGCAGCAGAUGCGGAACUUAACUACAUUGGUUUAGAUGGGAACAUCGGCUGUCUGGUGAACGGCGCAGGAUUGGCAAUGGCCACGAUGGACAUCAUUAAGCUUCAUGGAGGGACUCCAGCAAACUAUCUUAAUGUUGGGGGUGGUGCCACAGUGGAACAAGUAACAGAGGCCUUUAAACUUAUUACUUCAAAUGAAAAUGUCCAGGCUAUUCUAGUAAAUAUUUUUGGGGGCCUUAUGAGAUGUGAUGUCAUUGCACAUGGUAUAAUUAUGUCGGCAAAAGAUUUGGAGCUAAAAAUACCGAUUGUUGUACGGUUACAAGGCACACGAGUUGAAGAUGCAAAAGUUUUAAUAGCAGAGAGCGGCUUGAGAAUCCUGCCCUGUGAUGAUUUGGAUAAAGCUGCUAAAAUGGCCGUGAAGCUCUCGGAAAUAAUGACCCUAGCAAAAGAGGCAGAAGUGGAUGUGAAGUUUCAGUUGCCACAGUGA